CGAUUUUCGCCCUCAAACGAGAGGGAGAAGCCACGGCUGCAACCGCGCGCGGCAACCUUUUGGCGAUCAAACGUGUCCUGUACCGAUAGUUAAUCAUAAAAAAGCAUCACUUUUUGCUUUAAGAGGUGUCGUUUGAAGGGUACGUUGUGAAGAAGCUACGGAUCUUCGGAGCUGCUUAACUGAAACAAGAUUUCGAUAUGAAGAUUACCGAAUACCUUUGCUGUGUGCUAACUUGUAUGUGUUUGCUGAAAGUAGCAAAUACUGAGGUCUCAAAAGAUAAGAAUUCGCUUUUGCAGCUUGAACGUCAACUUCUGGACGCCCUUACGUCGGAGAAGACAGUCAAACCGAAGAGACCAUUUUGCAAUGCUUUUACAGGAUGUGGCAGAUUUUUCCCGGACGAGAAAAGGAGCUUUGUUAUAACUCGGCGGGAUUCGCAGGAUUUCCAGGCGACAAGCAAUAGCGUUCGACUUCCGAUUUCGUUAUACAAAGCGCUGCUGAAUGCCGCUAAAGAAAACACUUGGAAUAAGAUCGGUCGUGAAGAAAACAAUUACCGAUUACAACAAAUGCCACAAGCUUAUCUCCUAGAUCGAGUGCCCCUACGCGAUACAUUGGAAAGCUAAUUUUGACGCAACUUGAUGUAUGGGCGCCACUAGAAAUUCCAAUCCGUCAAAUGGAAUCGCAGAUCUUUUUUUAUUUCCACGUGUAUAUUAUAUAUAAAGUUCAGCUAUAAUAAAUGAAACUUGAUGUUCAAUGAAUUGUUCAAUGAAAAUUAUAUUAACAAAACUGUACUAUUUUAACCGAAAAUCUCUUUUCUUUUGCGCAAAAAAAAUCGAUAGAACGCAGUUGUAUUUUCUAUCUACAACCACUUUACGGCACCUUGAUACAAACAUUUAUUUUCGCUUAUUACUGCGUAAUAGUUAUAGAUAAACAUAAAUGUAAAUCAGAAAAAUGUACACGAUUGUAUGACAUUUUAUUUUGUAUACAACUUCUACAGAAAGUUUAUCAUUGUUACUGCACUGUCCAUGAAGGAAGCAUAUAAAAAUGAAACCGCUAUAUUAAUGCUAAAAAGUAUUAGCUUAGAAAUCUUCACUUAUCUAUAAAAACAUCUCGAUGGCUAUGUAUUUAUUUGUAUGUACCCGAUUGACGGGAUUGUAAUUAUUUACUGCUAAGUAACUUUAAGUCGUAUAAUUUUCACAUAAUUGUUAAAUUCGAUCUGAUUUGUAUUCAAUAAAUUAUACAAAACCUG